CACGAGUGGUGUCCAAAAACACUAUAAAAGCAGCACAGAGAUGUCGUUGACAAAAGAUGCCUCAGAGGACCAAGAAGACAUCAAGAGUCUCACGAUGAACACUAGUUUAGUUGAUUCCAGCAUUUACAGACCAUUAGUCCAUCUAACGCCACCAGUGGGGUGGAUGAACGACCCUAAUGGUCUCUUCUACGAUUCAUAUGAAUCUACCUACCAUGUGUACUACCAAUACAACCCAAACGAUACGAUUUGGGGAUUGCCUCUAUAUUGGGGACAUGCCACCUCUGAUGAUUUGUUAACGUGGGACCACCAUGCGCCUGCAAUUGGACCUGAAAAUGAUGAUGAGGGUAUUUACUCUGGAUCUAUAGUCAUAGACUACAAUAAUACCUCAGGGUUCUUUGAUGAUUCAACAAGACCAGAACAGAGAAUCGUUGCCAUUUAUACCAAUAACUUACCAGAUGUCGAGACGCAAGACAUUGCCUAUUCCACGGACGGUGGUUAUACUUUCGAAAAGUAUGAAAACAACCCAGUUAUAGACGUCAAUUCGACCCAAUUUAGGGAUCCGAAGGUGAUUUGGUAUGAGGAAACUGAGCAAUGGGUCAUGACUGUGGCAAAGAGUCAAGAGUACAAGAUCCAGAUUUACACCUCUGACAAUUUGAAAGACUGGAGUUUGGCCUCGAAUUUCUCAACCAAGGGUUAUGUUGGUUAUCAGUAUGAAUGUCCAGGUCUAUUCGAAGCCACUAUUGAAAACCCAAAGAGCGGUGAUCCAGAGAAGAAAUGGGUUAUGGUCUUAGCAAUCAAUCCAGGCUCACCUCUUGGUGGUUCCAUAAAUGAAUACUUUGUUGGUGAUUUCAACGGUACUGAAUUCAUUCCAGAUGAUGACGCUACAAGAUUUAUGGAUACUGGUAAGGACUUCUAUGCCUUCCAAGCGUUCUUCAAUGCACCAGAGAAUCGGUCAAUUGGAGUUGCCUGGGCAUCGAACUGGCAGUAUUCCAACCAGGUUCCGGACCCAGAUGGAUAUAGAAGCUCCAUGUCAUCGAUCAGAGAGUACACUCUGAGAUAUGUCAGUACGAAUCCAGAAUCUGAACAGUUGAUCCUUUGUCAAAAACCAUUCUUUGUGAACGAGACAGACUUGAAGGUGGUUGAAGAGUACAAGGUUUCAAACAGCUCCUUGACUGUGGACCACACGUUUGGAAGCAGCUUUGCAAACUCCAACACCACUGGACUGUUGGAUUUCAACAUGACUUUCACGGUUAACGGUACAACUGACGUUACGCAGAAGGACUCCGUCACCUUUGAGCUCAGAAUCAAAUCUAACCAAAGCGACGAGGCAAUUGCGCUUGGUUACGAUUACAACAACGAGCAGUUCUACAUCAACAGAGCCACAGAGAGCUACUUCCAGAGAACCAACCAGUUCUUCCAGGAGAGAUGGUCCACGUACGUCCAGCCUCUCACAAUCACCGAAUCUGGUGAUAAACAGUACCAGCUCUACGGAUUGGUUGAUAACAACAUCCUUGAGUUGUACUUCAACAACGGGGCAUUCACAUCCACAAACACCUUCUUCUUGGAGAAGGGCAAGCCAUCAAACGUCGAUAUCGUGGCAAGCUCCUCCAAGGAGGCUUACACCGUGGACCAGCUGACUGUGAGACGUCUCACUGUUUGACGAAUACGCACGUGAAAGCUAUAUAAGGGAUCACGUGGUAUAAAAUAUGUCGGUCUAAGGCCUUCAGCAAACCGCCACUAUAUAAACAGGCAGGUUUGUCACUUUUCAACAAAACAAAUAUACUUCUUCUUUUACCCUUCA